CUUUCUUACUAUAUUUUAAUAAUUUAAUGUAGUUCGAAAGCAUUCGCUUCGCUACAUACAGCUUGAGAUUUUCUUCUUGCAAUUGUUGUUGUCUUGUCUCCAGAGCUGAAAUGGAAAGAAGGGUUGUAAUUAUUGGAGCAGGAAUCAGUGGCCUUGGUGCCUGCAAAUACCUUCUAGAGUUUGGAUUUAACCCAAUUGUCUUUGAAGUUGAUGAUGGUGUUGGAGGACUAUGGAGACAUACCAUGGACUCCACCAAGCUCCAAAACAAUAAACAAAUGUUCCAGUUUAUGGAUUUUCCAUGGCCUUCUUCUGUGAAAGAAGAUAAUCCAAGUCACAAGCAAGUGCUAGAUUAUGUUAACUCCUAUGCUGAACAUUUUUCCCUCAUUCCUUACAUUAGAUUCAACUUCAAAGUCAUUGACAUAGAUUAUGUUGGUGGAGAGUCUAGUGAAGAAAUGAAGUCAUGGGAAUUGUGGGGUGGUAAUGGCAGGCCCUUUUGCUCCAAGGGAACUUGGCAUAUUGCUGUGCAACAUACCAAAAAUUUAUCCAUAGAGAUGCAUGAGGCCGAGUUUGUUGUUCUUUGCAUUGGGAAAUAUAGUGGUUUUCCAAACAUUCCUGAAUUCCCCCCAGGAAAAGGCCCAGAAGUUUUCAAUGGCAAGGUUAUGCACUCCAUGGACUACUCGAAUUUGGACAAUGAGACUGCUGCUGAACUGAUCAAAGGAAAAAGAGUUACAAUAAUAGGCUCACAGAAAUCUGGUCUUGAUCUAGCAGCUGAAUGUGCGAAUGCAAAUGGAGUGAAGCAUCCUUGCACAGUUAUCCAAAGAACCGCACACUGGUUUCUUCCAGAUUUUAACUUUUGGGGUGUUAUUGCUGGAUUCUUGUACUUCAAUCGCUUUGCGGAGCUUUUAGUUCACAAGCCAGGAGAGUCCUUCCUACUUGGCCUUGUUGCCACUCUGCUUUCACCAUGGAGAUGGGGAAUUUCUAAACUUGUUGAAACUACUCUAAAAUGGAAGCUGCCAUUGAAGAAGUAUGGAAUGGCACCCAAUCACAGCUUUCUUCAGGAUCUCUCCACAUGUCUGUUUGCGGUGUAUCCUGAUAACUUUUUUGACAAACUAAAAGAAGGAUCCAUCAUUAUGAAGGGAUCGCAAAACUUUAGCUUUUGUAGAGAAGGUGUAAUCAUUGACGGAGAAGCUAAGCCCCUGGAAUCAGAUAUUGUAUUUUUUGCCACUGGAUACAAAGGUGACCAAAAAAUCAAAAACAUAUUCAAAUCUCCACUCUUCCAAAAGUACAUCAUUGGGCAAGCAACCUCAACAGUUCCUCUCUACAGACAAAUAAUUCACCCUCAGAUCCCCCAGUUGGCAAUAAUAGGAUAUGCCGAGAGCCCAUCAAAUAUAUUUGCCUCGGAAAUGAAAAGCUUGUGGCUAUCACAUUUCUUGGAUGGAAACAUAGAGUUGCCUAGUAUAAGAGAGAUGGAAAAGGACGUGAAAUUGUGGGAAGACAAUUUGAAGCAAUAUGGUGGGAAAUAUUAUUGGAAAACAUGCAUUGCUCAUUGUGGCAUAUGGUAUCAUGAUCAAUUGUGCAAAGACAUGAAGCAUGACCCUAGAAGGAAGAAUGGCCUUUUUUCGGAGUUGUUUGAACCAUAUGGCCACGCUGAUUACGCAGGUCUUACUCGUAAAAGAUAAUUUGCAAGAAAUUAUUAAGUUUGUUUGGUUGUUGCAUCUCUUCCAUAAUGAGAAUUUGUAUGGGUCUUGGAUUACACCGGUACUUGCAUGUUAAUUUUUUAUUAGAUUUUCUUUAUCACUAUAUUAUUGGUACGAAUUAGGUUGGGAGAGGAAAUUCUAAUUAAAGUGGUCAGUCUUGGUUGUUGCAUUUCUUGGUUUUUUUUUUCUUGUUGAUGCCUUACUCUUUGCAUAAAGAAUUAUCAUUUUUGAUA